AUGAGGUCUUCAAAAGAGUGUGUGGAGUGGUAUAAUGACUUCAAAGCAAACAAUUACAUAUGGAACUUUGAACAACAAAUCAAAAAGUAUUGCUUAAAUGAUGUAAUAGUACUCACAAUUGCGGUGAUGGAGUUCCGCAAACUGUUCAAAAACUUCACUGGUUUGGACCCCAUAACUCGUAGAUUCACAUUAGCCGGUGUUGGACUGGAGUAUUUUAGAGCUAAAAUUCUAAAAGACAAUAUGAUUGGUGUCACACCUAUCAACGGUUAUAUCGAUGGACGACAUAAGUCAAACAAAGGUAAUGUAUGGCUUGAUUGGAUGGAGGAGAAGAGAGGUGUAAAAAUCUGCAGAGAGAUGAGAAUUGGUCAGAACUAUGCUGAUGGGUGUAUUCGAGAUGGUGUACUCGGAGAGAUAUUUGAGUUCAAUGGUUGCUAUUGGCAUGGAUGUCAAAAAUGUACCCAUCUGUUUAGCCUUAGAAACACCUAUGAUGGCAAUGAGCAAGUAGAUCCUAUUAAAGAUUAUCAACGAACAAUUGAAAAGGAAACAUAUUACAAGUCUAGAGGUUUCAAAGUGACAUCUAUUUGGGAGCACGACUUCGAUAAACUGUUGACAACUGAUGUUGAGUUCAAAGCAUUCCACAAAAAACGUAUGGCAUACUAUAAAACAAUUGACAAAAUAGGUCACGCAAACAUACGUGAGUCGUUUUAUGGUGGUCGUACAAACAAUUUGUACUUCAACGCCGACAGUACCGGUACAGAGUUGAUUAAAUAUAAAGAUGUGUGCAGUCUGUAUCCGACUGUACUUUCAAAAUGCGAAUACCCUAUUGGUCAUCCAUCUAUAAUCAGUAAAUUUAUCGACACCUCAAUUUAUAAUUACUUUGGAUUCAUUAAAUGUAAAGUAUUACCACCUAAAGAUCUAUACAUUCCUGUAUUACCAUUAAAAUCAGAGACCAAAAAGUUAGUGUUUGCAUUAUGCAAUCAAUGUGCAAAAGAUAUGAGCCCUAACAAAUGUAGUCAUAGCGAUAAAGAGAGAGCUAUCAGCAGUACUUGGUACUCUGAAGAGCUUAAAUUAGCAAUAGAAAUGGGAUAUAAAAUUCUCAAAAUAUAUGAAGUGUUGCAUUACGAACGCAAAACAAAUGAAAUAUUUAAGCCAUACAUACAACAAUGGCUUAAACUUAAGACCGAGGCAAGCGGAUGGCCUGACAAUUGUACUACUGAUGAGUUAAAGCGAAACUACAUCAGUGAGUAUCAGAGUCGUGAAGGUGUGGAUUUAGAGUUUAAUAAGAUGUCACCAAAUCCUGGUCUCCGCUUCAUUGCAAAGUUAAUGUUGAAUAGUUUGUGGGGAAAACUAGCCCAAAGACCCAAUCAAAAACAAACUAAACUUUGCAAAACAUAUGACGCAUACCGUAGUAUUAUAUCUGAUGCUAAAAUACAAAUAAAAGGAGAAAUUAUGCCCAAUGAUGAGACUAUUUUAGUCAAUUACCAAUACAUUGACGACAACUAUUCAUCUGCUGGCAAUACAAACAUAGCAUUGGCCUCGAUGGUCACCGGUAAUGCUCGUAUUCAUUUAUAUCGUGAAUUACACAAUAUUGAAAGCUCAGCAAAGGGACGGGUCUUGUAUUUCGAUACAGACUCUGUAAUCUAUCGACACGACCCUACCAAAGGGUGGUACGACCCUCCGAUCGGUGAUUUCUUGGGUGAUAUGACCGAUGAAAUAGAAAAAGAUUACAAAGAAGGGUCGUAUAUCAAUUCGUUUACUUCAUGUGGACCCAAAAACUAUGGUUAUCAGGUCGUUACUGGUGAUGGCCGUGUGAUUCAAAAAGUAAAAGUAAAAGGCAUUUCAAUCACUGAGGAAGUAAAGCAUAAAAUAAACUUUGAAAGAGUUAAAGAGACUGCUCAACACUACUUUAACAAUACACCAAUCACAACACUGGCUCCACAAUUAUGUUUCCGUUCAGAUAAACUGCACAACGUGACAACAAAUAAAGUAAAUAAGAUAUAUCAGGCAGUAUCUGAAAAACGUAGAAUUGUUAGGGGACACCCUAUUUAUCAAACUGUCCCCUAUGGAUUUUAUGAAUAA